ACUAGAACACUGAAGGAAGGACAGGGCCUCCGCAGAGUGUAGGAGGAAAAGGACAGGGACAGGUCGAAGCUCCCUCCAGACGAAAGGAUGGCGGGCGCCGCAGCCACGGGGUUCCGCGCCUCCUACCACCGCUUCCUGGACCGGAUCGAGCUCAUGCUGCAUCCCCGGCUGCGCCCUUUGUACAACCACCCGGCAGGUCCCAAAACAGUGUUUUUCUGGGCACCAAUUAUGAAAUGGGGUUUGGUAUGUGCUGGAAUGGCUGAUAUGACCAGGCCAGCAGAAAAACUCAGCACGUCACAGUCUGCAGUCUUAACGGCUACAGGCCUUAUCUGGUCAAGAUAUUCUCUAGUUAUUAUUCCUAAAAACUGGGGUUUGUUCACUGUUAACUUCUUUGUUGGCUGUGCUGGUGGCUCUCAACUCUACCGUAUAUGGAGGUAUAAUCAACAGCUAAAAGCCGAGGAAUUGGAGAAACAGCAGUAGAAAAUCUAGCUCAUGUCUCUAAAUCUCAGUUGUAAACAUCUGAGGGACCUAGUUUUGAUCUUGUUCCAUUGUCUGGUGUGAAUUUUUACUAAAACAAGUAGAGCAUGUUUUUCUAUACAUUUAGAAAGCAGUCUCUUUACACUUAAAAGGCUUCAAUUAAACAAAUACAGUAACUAAAUUAAAUAUAAUAAAGUAUCUUUUAAAAAAUA